CGUGGCGCCCGAGUCGGCGUUUUUCACCUAAGUACAUCCAUUACGUUAAUUUCCCAGCGGCCGAUUUCAAUAACAUCUUUAUAAUAAUUAACGCGCGGGCACUGAGAGGUUAUUAUCCGUGCGCGUCCGAUACCACAGGAGGCGGUCGCACCGUGACUCGCUCCUCGGGCUCAAUGGAGCGACUGUACUGCCCUCGCAGAGUUUCAUAAGUGCUGCCGCGGCCCCCGAGGAGCGAACCCGCCUGACGCGCUGCUUGCAUCUUCCAUGCAGCGGAGGCUCCCCACUUGUUGCUCUCGAAACCUAAACCCGCACAGCGCUCUCUCCCGACCUGCGUGCGAACGGAGCGAUCCUGAGAAACAUGGCACGGACUUUGGGGCUGUUUGCGGCUUGUUUGCUGCUCCUCGUCUCCUCCGACGCGGAGGCGAAGCGCAGCAGGGAGAGGGUCUACUACGUGGGGAUCGUCGAGGACGCGUGGGAUUACGCGCCCAGCGGUAAAAACCUGCUGAAUGGGAGAGACGUCCAACACGAUGAGCAUGCAUCUGUAUUCCUGGAAAGAGGGCCCGACCGAAUCGGCAGUGUUUACAAGAAGGCCAUGUACCGACAGUAUACAGAUGCUACGUACAGCCAGCAGGCCCCCCGGCCCCCCUGGCUGGGCUUCCUGGGGCCCAUACUGCGAGCGGAGGUUAACGACGUUAUCGUGGUCCACCUGAAGAACUUUGCGAGCAGGAACUACUCCAUGCACCCCCACGGAGUUUUCUACGAGAAGAAUUCAGAGGGGGCACUCUAUCCAGAUGGGACAUCAAACGUGCUGAAGAAGGACGACUGUGUUCCCCCGGGGGGCAGCUACACCUACCGCUGGGAGGUCAGGCCAGAAUUUGCCCCCACAGAUGACGACGCCAACUGUCUGACCUGGGUCUACCACUCUCACUUGGAUGCCCCCAGGGAAAUCGCCUCAGGACUCAUCGGGGCUCUGCUCACCUGCAAGAAAGGAAUCUUGAAGGAGACCAACAAUCAAGUCGAGUCUUUUACCGAGUCCGCGCGAAACGACGUGGACCAGGACGUGUUCCUGAUGUUCAACGUGGUGGACGAAAACCUGAGCUGGUACGCAGACGAGAACAUUGAGAAGUGCGCCGAUCCAGGUGGGGUCGACCCAGAAGACGCGGACUUUAUGGAGUCCAACCUGAUGCACGCUAUUAAUGGGUACAUGUUUGGUAACCUGCCCGGGAUCGAGUUAUGCAAGUACCGUGAAGUCGCUUGGCAUUUGUUUGGCAUGGGCAACGAGGUGGACAUCCACUCUGCUUUCUUCCACGGGAACACGCUGCUGGACCGCGGCCACCGCACCGACGUCCUCAGCCUGUUCCCCGCCACGUUCGCCACGGCUCAGAUGGUCCCGACCAAGAGCGGAAAGUGGCUGCUGAGCUGCCAGGUUAACGACCACCUGCAGGCUGGAAUGCAGGCCUUUUAUGAGGUGAAUUCAUGUGACAGCGAGACUGGCGCAGCGAAGGGCGGCGCUUUGAGGAUUCACUACCUGGCAGCAGAGAAAGUCCAGUGGAACUACGCUCCCUCUGGAAAGGACAUGAUCAACAACGUGUCCCUGAUUGAGGCAGAGAGUGCAUCGGAGAUUUUUUUUGGCGAAGACGGCGGGCGGAUCGGAGGUCUCUACUUGAAAGUGAUAUACAAAGAGUACACAGACGAUACCUUCACCACUCCCAAACCACAGACGCCUGAUUCUCAACACUUAGGACUCUUAGGUCCGGUCCUGAGGGCAGAGGAAGGAGAUAGUCUCAGAGUGGUCUUCUUGAAUAGAGCCGAUAGAAACUACAGCAUCCAGCCCCACGGCCUCAACUACGACAAAUGGUUCGAGGGAGCCACCUACGCGGAUGGUGCUGACAAGCCGGGCUCUCACGUCGGCCCAGGGGAGAACUUCACCUACACCUGGCAGGUGCUAGAUGGUCCGUCCUCGACUGAUCCCCCCUGUAUCCCCUACCUGUACUACUCUGCCACCGAUCCUGCCGCAGACACCAACGCUGGAUUGGUGGGACCUCUGCUUGUGUGCAAGAAGGGAGCGCUGGGGACGAACGGAAUCCAGAAAGAUGUCGAUAAGGAGCUCUUCCUUCUGUUUUCUGUCAUGGAUGAAAACAUGAGCUGGUAUUUGGAGGAGAAUAAGAAGAUAUAUGCCGGCAACCAGCCACAUACUUCUGAGGAGGACUUCGAGGAGAGCAAUAAGAUGCACGCUGUAAAUGGACGUAUGUACGGGAACCUUCUCGGACUGGACAUGUGUGCCGGGGACAAAGUAACGUGGUACACCUUUGGGCUGGGCACUGAGGUGGACAUCCACGGUGUUUAUUUCGAGGGGAACACCUUCAAGAAGCAGAGCACAACGCGGGACACCAUCAACCUGUUCCCUCACACCGCGACCACUGUCACCAUGCAGCCAAACACUCCUGGCGUGUAUGAGGUGAGCUGCAGGGUGACGGACCACUACUCGGCCGGCAUGAGGCAGCAGUACAGAGUGAACCUCUGCCAGAAGAGCAAAGUGAAGCACACGCACGCGCAGCCGACCAAGAUCGUGCAGUAUUUCAUCAGCGCGGAAGAAAUCGAGUGGGACUACUCGCCCGAGAGGGACUGGGAGGUGGAGAAGCACCACAGCUCGUCGGAAGACAGCCCAGGCAACAUAUUUUUGGAUAAGGGGCAAAACAGGAUUGGCUCGCGCUACAAGAAGGUGGUGUACAGAGAAUACACCGACGAGUCCUUCAAGGUUCAGAAGAAACGGCAGCCCGACCAGCAGCACUUGGGAAUUAUCGGUCCAAUAAUCAAAGCCGAGGUCGGAGAGCAGAUCGUGAUCACGUUCAAGAACAAAGCCAGCCGGCCGUACUCCAUCAGCGCACACGGGGUGAAGGCCAGCGGCGCACACGUUCACGUCAAGCCUGGCUACAUGCUGGAGCUGACGUGGGAUGUUCCUGAAAGCUCCGGUCCCGGGGUCUCGGACCCCAACUGCAUCUCUUACGCCUACUACUCCACCGUCAAUUUCAUCAGGGAUCUGUACAGCGGUCUCUUGGGGCCGCUGGUGGUCUGCAGGCCCGGGACUCUGAAGGGGCCCAACAGACAGAGGGGCGACGUGGAGAAGGAGUUCGCUCUGCUCUUUAUGGUCCACGAUGAAAACCAGUCCUGGUACUUGGACCACAACAUCAGAAAAUACCUCGGCGUCGACCCGAAUACUUUUGAAUAUACCGAAGACUUUGAGGAGAGUAACAUGAUGCACGGGAUCAAUGGUAAGCUGUACGGCAACCUCCAUGGACUGGUGAUGACCCAGGGCCAGAAGGUCGACUGGUAUCUUCUGGGGAUGGGCAACGAGGUGGACAUGCACACUGUUCACUUCCAUGCGGAGACUUUUACCUACAAGACGGACCGCGUGCACCGCGCAGACGUCUUCGACCUCUUCCCCGGGACUUUCCAGACCGUGGAGAUGGUGGCAGGGAUCCCCGGGACCUGGCUGCUCCACUGUCAUGUAACUGACCACAUCCAUGCUGGCAUGGAGACCACUUUCACCAUUAAAGCUUCCCCCCCUCCAGAUGCAGCAGCUGGAACUGAAGCCUCCACAAAGACGCCGCUGCUGUCGCUGGCACUCUGUCUCCUGGCUGUGGGCGGACUGCACUAAAUGAAGAAGGGACUCUUGACUGGGCUGAGUGCGUGUGUAUGUGUGUGUGUGUGCGUGCGUGUGUGCAUGUGUGUGUGUCACCACAACACUGCCCAUUAAUGCACUUAAUAAAGAAAUACUAAAAUCCAGGGACAAAAUCACUGUUGUAAAUUGCUGGAGGUUCUGUGUGUAAAUAGAGAUUCAGUACAUACUAACGACUGUACAACUGUGUGUGUAAAGUUCAGGAUUUCGUACUCAUAGAAGCAUUUUUUGCGGGCCGGUUGUUUCUAUGUUUCUAUGUUUUUCCCGGCAUGUUGCACUGUGUUUGUUGUUGUGCGUUCUAUAUUUUUAUUUUAUUUCUUUUUGCAAAUUACUACUUCACCAAAUAUUUAAUUCCAGUUAUGAAUGUGCAAUAAAAGACCAUUCUAUCCAA